AUGACCGCUACGGCGAGCUUCCACUUCAAGCGCAUCAUCUCCUGCACAUCAUGCGCAUCCAAGCCAUUACAUCACUGUCGCGGCAGUCUCAGCACGAAGCAUGUCCUGGAGAUUGUCGCUCACAGCAUAGGACGUUCCUUCUGUCAAAACACGCGUGCCUGCCAGAUACGGAAGACAAACAACAAUGAUCGACAGCGUGAUACAACGGCGCAAUCUCAACGGAGCGCAGAAGUGAUCAGAAACUCACGUGUACUACAAACAAUUCUUACUGGCUUUCUCUUGGAGAGCAUAUAAUAACACUUCCACACACAUCACCUCGCAGCAACCGACAAGCACUACAGUCUCAAGUCAAUAUACACCCCAGAAGGUAAGUUAUAUACUGUAGAAGUAUAUCAUGCAGCGAGCAUGGCGGAAAACAUGUCCAGUCGCGGUCGGCCGAAGCGGCCAGUCCUCGAGCGGAGCAAAACGUCCUUCAGUAGCAUGAAGGCUAUCCUCAGUGGCCGUCAUGGCAGCACCACCAGCCUCUCGGGGAUGGCGAACAACUCACCCGCUCGCACCGCACCGACAACCCCUCGGAAGCUUUUCUUGCGCAGUGGGACGGCGUCCUCUGCCGCCACCCCAACCACGGGCGUGUCCUUACCAGUAGGUCUCAACGCCGUCACCCGCCGUCUCGAGGAGCUGAGCAUCCUACCGGAUGGUGAGAGCAAGGCGAGUGAGAUCCGGAAGCUCGAACACCUGGCCGCGGAGUGCGAUGCAGACCGCAAGGAGUGCAAGAAGAUCCUAAAGGAGGCUAUGGAUCUUCGUGUGGAGGGGAAGUUCGAUACCUGCCGUGCCGAUUGCAUGCGCAUCGUGCACCACAAGCAUGCUAAGGUCGGGACAAGGUCCAUGCCUGUAAGCUACCCUUCUACGAGGGUGCAUUCGACCCUGACUGCGUUCACUGACGCUCUCAGACACGAUUCUGGCGGAGCUCAAGGCCUCGGACGGGCAGAAGGAGUUGGCGCUCCAGUAUCUCAAGGACGCGAAGGAGGCUGUCAACGCCGUGAAGCCAACAACGCCGCAUAUGGCGAACCUCUAUGGCAUCGUCAGUAUGAGCAAGGAGCGCGUUCUGAGAAAGGCGAAGGUGGAGGACACGAGCAAAGGGUUGGAGAAGCCGACGCGCGGGCCGUAUGUUGAUGGGCAGUACUGAGAGGGGGUGGCUGAUACAAUACUCCGUGAGCGUAGCGUCUGCUUGAGCUGCUAAGGUAGCCUACAGCGCGAUAUGCAGUGGCUCAAAGUAAUGGAGAGCAUGUUGCGCAGUCAGCUGCAAUUGUGCGCUUUCCUAAACCUGUAGGAGGCGAACAAGCUGCUGAAGUGACCGAUAGAGCCAUGUAGUCAAGGAGUAUGAAAGUUGGGAAGCCUGUAAGCUCGUUGCACAAUCCGAGAUCC